AAAGAUGGCUGCUGACACUGGACGUUACAGGGGAGCUGUCAACAAAAACAAAGACCCCUCUGGUCUUCUCAUUUCUGUCAUAAGGACUCUGUCCCGCAGCGAUGACGUCCAGGACAGGGAGACAGAGAAGGGGCGUCUCGAGGAGGCCUUCGAGACGUGCGACCGGGACCUGGACGAGCUCAUCGUGCAGCACUACGCCGAGCUCACCACCGCCAUCCGGACGUACCAGAGCAUCACCGAGCGCAUCACCACUUCCCGCAAUAAAAUCAAACAGGUGAAGGAGAACCUUCUGUCCUGCAAGAUGCUGCUCCACUGCAAGCGGGACGAGCUGCGGAAGCUGUGGAUCGAGGGAAUCGAGCACAAGCAUGUCCUGCAGCUCCUGGAUGAGAUUGAGAGCAUCAAGCAGGUGCCUCAACGCUUGGAGGCCUACAUGGCCAGUAAGCACUACCUCCACGCCACAGACAUGCUGGUGUCCGCUGUGGAGUCUCUGGAGGGCCCCCUGCUGCAGGUGGAGGGCUUGAGCGACCUGCGCCUGGAGCUCCACAGCAAGAAGCUCAACAUCCACCUGGUGCUCAUCGACGAGCUCCACCGUCACCUUUACAUCAAGUCCACCAGUCGCCUGGGACACAAGAACAAGGACAAGAACGCGGCGCGCCUUCCGGGCUCUGCGGGCAAAGACGCGUCUCCCAUGCCGGCGUUGGACGUCAGCGGCCUUUCCACCCCGCGUAAACUACUGGAUUCGUCACAAUUCAGCACACCCGGCUCGAGCAGCGUGCGUGAGCUUCAACAAGACGUGCGGGAGUCAAACCAAUUAGACCUCCCAGAGGUGGACCCGGAGGAGAACAGCGCAGAGUUCAUGGGCAUCCUCAUAAAGGCUCUGGCCAAGCUGAAGAAGAUCCCAGAGACCAUCAAAGCCAUCAUGGAGCGGCUGGAGCCAGAGCUCAAGCAAAUAGUCAAGAGGUCCACCACGCAGAUCGCGGACCAUGCCUACCAGAGAGGGGAGAACCUUGCUCAGGAGAGUCAACCAAGGCUUCUGCUGGAGCUGCUGGAGCUCCUCUUUGACAAGUUUAAGGCGGUGGCGCAGGCGCACAGCGUCGUGCUGGCCCACCUGCAGCGCAUCGCCGUGCAGUGCCCAGGCGGCGCCCACGAGGAAGGCAUCAAGCUGUACGAGCAGGCCGACGUCUCUGCCAAGAUCCAGACUGUGCUGCAGGUGCUGCUAAUGGAGUAUCUGGAUGUGAAGAACAGCCGCAGUGCUACAGAGCCGUCGGCCCAGCUCGCUUACGCCAGCACAGGAAGCGAGUUUGCCGCCUUCUUCGCCAAGAAGAAACCGCAGCGCGCCAAGCAGUCGCUCUUCAAGUUCGAAUCGUCGUCCCAUGCCAUCAGCAUGAGUGCCUACUUGAGAGAGCAAAGACGAGAACUCUACAGCAAGAGUGGAGAGCUACAAGGCGGCGCCGACGACAACCUGAUGGAAGGCGGGGAAAUGAAGUUUGUGUGUAAGCCGGGAGCGAGGAACAUCACUGUCAUCUUCCAGCCUCUUCUUAGGUUCAUUCAGGAGAUCGAGAUGAACAUGGGUGCGGGCCAGGCCAAGCAGUGCCAACUCCGAACCUUCCUGACGUACUACAUCAACGACCUUUUCCUCAACCAGGUGCGCACAGAGAUCAACAAAGAAAUUGAGGCAGUGAGCAAGGUUGCCAACCCCUUGAAGAUCCUCGCCAGUGCUGACACCAUGAAGGUUCUCGGUGUACAGAGACCCGUGCUCCAGAGCACCGUGGUGGUGGAGAAGUCCAUCCAGGAUCUGAUGAAUCUCAUGCAAGACCUGAGCGCCUACUCCAACCAGUUCCUGGAGAUGAUCUGCGACAAGCUCAAAGAGUAUAAGGAGAUCUGCAACACAGCCUACAGGGGAAUAGUCCAGUGUGAGGAGAAGCUGACCAUCAGCGCUUCCUGGUCCAAAGACGAGGACAUCAGUCGCCUGCUCCAGUCGCUCCCCAACUGGGCCAACAUGGCCCAGCCCAGACAGACACGGCAGAAACGAGAGGACGAAGAAGACUUCACCCGGGCGGCGUUUGCCAAGGAGUCGGAGGUGCUGACGGGCAACCUCGGCGACAAGCUCAUCCCCCAGAACGAGAUCCUGCGCGACGUCAGCGACCUCAAAUCCCUCGCAAACCUCCACGAGAGCAUGGAGUGGCUGUCCGGCCGCCUCAAGGCCUUCUUCGCGAGCCUGCCUCCGGGAUCCAGUUUGUCGCCGUGCUCGUCCGACAGCCAGGCGACGGGCGACGGCGAGCGCACCCGGGAGCAGAUCCUGCAGACCCUCGGUGACCUGUGCAGGGGUUUCCAGGACAUCGCCAACCGCUGCCUCCUCGCGCUGCACCUGGAAGUCAGGGUGCACUGCUUCCACUACUUGAUCCCGUUGACCAAGCAAGGCAACUACGCCAUCGUUGCCAACGUGGAGAGCAUGGACUACGACCCGCUGGUGGUCAAGCUCAACAAGGACAUCUCGGCCAUCGAGGAGGCCAUGGGGGCCGCCCUGCAGCAGCACAAGUUCCAGUACAUCUUUGAGGGUCUGGGCCACCUGAUCUCCUGCAUCCUCAUCAACGGCGCCCAGUACUUCAAGAGGAUCAGCGAGUCCGGCAUCAAGAAGAUGUGCCGGAACAUCUUCGUGCUGCAGCAGAACCUCACCAACAUCACCAUGUCCCGGGAGGCCGACCUGGACUUUGCCAGGCAGUACUACGAGAUGCUGUACAACACGGCGGACGAGCUGCUCAACCUGGUGGUGGACCAGGGCGUGCGCUACACGGAGCUGGAGUACAUCAACGCCCUGUCGCUGCUGCACCGCAGCCAGACGGGCGUGGGCGACCUGAGCACCCAGAACACGCGGCUGCAGCGGCUGAAGGAGAUCGUGUGCGAGCAGGCCGCCAUCAAGCAGGCCAGCAAGGACAAGAAGAUCACCACCGUGUGAUCGGACCACCAGACUUAGGGCCCAUCUCAUCUCAAUUUUCCUAUUACAGGCUAAUGGCUGCUUUCAAUUACAUCCCUAUCUCUGCGGUAAGCCCUCCCACGGGCCCACUCCUCCUGCCCGCAGUCAUAUAACGUAUGAAUGUCAUAUUAAAGCCACUCGGCAACUGGUCCCGUAACGGACGAUGUGUACAGUGGUACAUUGAGAUACAAGUUUAAUUUGUUCCGUAACUACGCUCAUGACCACAAAACACCUGUAUGUCUAAUCAUAUUUCCCCAUUGAAAAUGCUAUUAGUCCAUUCCAGCCUUGCCCAAAAGAAAACAACAAUUUUUGUAAUGUGCUCUUUAAUGAGGAAAAAUAGCACUCUAUAAUGUUGUACUUUAAACAAAGAACAUACAAAAACAUACAGUCAUGAUAUAAUUGAACAGAAUUUAAAGAAUUAAAAAGCUUUCGGCACACUUUUUGCUUCAAUUCAAUGAACAUUGUGCUGAUCCUUCUGGUGUGUACAAACGUACAUAAUAUACAAAGACACCUCAUUCCUCAGCAGGCCGCGCUAAUAUGAAUGGUUCUUCGCAUAAGAUAAAGCAUACAGGCCUGUGAGUAUCGGUCUACAUGUGUUACUUCACUGUUUGUGUUCAAAUAGCCAUCGCUGAUAAGUUUAUAACACCGCCACAUAGAUGCUCUUGGUUAGCCCGUCCAUAGCGUUUCCUAUUAGGUGUUAGCAUUAAGCUAGCGGAGGCUGCGUUGUUUAAAAAACACAUGCAUUUCUGUUUGUUUGAUGUUUAAUUUGACAGUAAACUUCAACUGUGAGGAGCAAUAAACGGCUUGAAAAAAAAUGUCUAGACGCCAAACUGCUCCUCGCUGUAAAGUGAGUUGAGUCACUCCCAAAAUACAGCGCUCACAUGUCAGGUUUUUGCUCGCAAGUCAAACAAAAACGUCCGCCGAAUGACAAUUUGUAUCUAAAAAAAAAACUCGGAAUUCGGGUCACUCGUAUCUCAAGGGACCACUGUAUAUACUGUUAUAUUAUUAUUAUUAUUAUUAUUAUUAUAUACUAUUAUUAUUUGGAAGAAAGUUAGUAUAAAAAAAGUAAUGGUGAUAACCCAAAAUGGUUCUUGUUUCGCCAUAAUAAUUGCAACUUAAUCUGGUAACAUGACUUUAUUUAUGGUCUGAAUUUUUUGUAUGUUCUUGUGCAAAGUAAUUCAAAUUCUGGGAAUGAAGUCAAAAUUCCCCGAAAGAAAUCACAGUGUUACAAGAAUUAAGUCAGAAUCCUUACAAUAAAAAAAAAAAAAAAGUAAUACUGAAUAGUAGAAAAAUAAUCAGUGGGUGGUCAGCCUUUUUUUUUUUUUUUACUGACUUUCCAAGUUUUUCAUGACUUUUUUUUUCCCACCUGACCAAUCGCGAACAGAAAAGAUGACUAUUCUUGUUAUAGUUUGAUAUGUUUUUUCUGGAAAUAAUUAUGUCCCUCAUAUUCCUUUGAUACUGCAUUUGAAAUGUUCUCUAUCUGCCUCUGUAAACUGAAAUCCUGGAACAGAAACUUCCCCCUCAAGCGGCCCGCCCGUGUUUUAGUUCAUUAACUUCGGAGAGGAGUACUUAACGAGAGGACGAAGAGGGCUUUGUCAAUACCCCAGUGGUCCCCGCAAUCUAUCAUAUUGACACUUUGGCCCAGGAUCGAUGGGAAAACAGCUGCGGGUUCCCCCUGGAUGGGUUUGACGAAACUUGGCGUCAACCCUUAAAAAGCUGCUACUCGCUGCAAUUUAAUACAUGGGAAACUUGAGCAGAAUGUUAAGUGGCAAGCUGUGUUAGAAUGCACAAUGUCAAACAUGUCAAGCGCUGCUUUCAUCUGCUUUGUAUUCAUUCAUCACUUAAAUUUCCUCACACUUUUUUUAUAUAUCAAUAAAUAAAUGCAUAUA